AUGUCUUCAACCGAGAACCUACCCAAAAACGGCUCCACUGUCCUGACUGAAACCACUCCAGUCACCGCGCCAACCAUCAUCAGAGACGUGGAAGAGCUGAAGGCUAAUUUGAAAGAAGAGAAACGUGCUCGAGCUGCGACGGCGGAGGUCGAGGAAUCGACUGCUACUGCUCAAGAUCAGCCACUUACUCCCGAAUCUGAACGUCGCAAGCGAAGAAAAGUGGACGGAGAUGAUACAACCGAUGGUGAAGUGUUAGAUGGACCACUGAAAACAACCGAAAAGGAUAUCCCUACUCUGGAUUCGCAAGCGCCUACCGACGGUAAAAGCGCUGAAAAGGACAAGGCCGACCCUGCCCAACAAACUUUACCAUCUGAAACACCCAAACAAGAUGAUAAAGUCUCGCCUUCGAAUUGCGUGGCCGAGACUGUUGGAGCUGAGAAGACAGCAGGUGCUGGGACCUUAUCGGCUACUGAAGCCAAUGAUUGUUCUACUACCGGAGCCUGUGCCAACCCGGAAGAUGUCACGGAACAAGCCACGCCGCUCGAAUCCGUUGAGGCUGUUGCAAGCAAGGAAGAAGACAAGGCUGCAGUAGAGCCUAUACGUUAG